GAUUGGUCUGCAGAUGUGGUGGGCGGCGCUGCAACGAGCAGGAAAGUGUUUGUAGUGUUGCCAUAGAACCUGUCGCUUCCGGUUUUCAUUGUUGUGUCCAUCCGCCUGUGUGUGAGAGAAUUACAGAAUCCCUGAGCGCUGAGGUGCAGACUGAGGAUCAUGGGUUUGUUUGACCGGCUGGCAAGUUGGCUGGGACUGAAGAAGAAAGAAGUUCACGUCUUAUGCCUGGGUUUAGACAACAGUGGGAAGACCACCAUUAUCAACAAACUAAAACCCGCUAAUGCCCAGACACAGGAUAUAGUUCCAACCAUUGGAUUCAGCAUAGAGAAAUUCAAGACAUCCAGCUUAUCGUUUACCGUUUUUGACAUGUCUGGACAGGGGAGAUAUAGGAACCUGUGGGAGCACUAUUAUAAAGAAGGCCAGGCAAUUAUUUUUGUCAUUGACAGCAGUGACAAGCUGAGAAUGGUUGUGGCCAAAGAAGAGCUGGAGACCCUUUUAAAUCAUGCAGACAUUAAGCACAGACGGAUACCAAUUUUGUUUUUUGCUAACAAAAUGGACCUGAGAGACUCUCUGUCAUCUGUGAAGGUUUCUCAGUUGCUGUGUUUAGAGAACAUCAAGGACAAGCCGUGGCAUAUUUGUGCAAGUGACGGACUAAAGGGUGAGGGCCUUCAGGAAGGAGUGGACUGGCUACAAGAUCAAAUCACGCAAUCAAAUACAAGCAAUGAAGACCUAAGAAGAUAAAUGAUUCAUGCACCUCGCCACUCCCCACUUGGACCAAAGGAAGUGCUAAUCCACCGUUUACAAGGUCAGAGGAAGGUCCUCCGUUUUAUUUGGCACCUCGGAUAUACUUUUUAAAGCAAAUAGUGAAACAUUAUGCAAAUAAUGAUUAGUAGAAACAUUUAUCCUCUUGCAUUUCUAUGUCUUUUGUUAAACCAGUUAUUUUAAAUUUGUUCAAUAUGUAAAUAAUGCAAAGUAAUGUUGUUUUAACUUAUUAAUUUAUUUACUUUGUUUUAUUUGGAAAGUACUGUAAUAUAUCCAUAUUUUACAAUUUAUACUGUGGCACUGAAAAGAUGUCAUUACAUGUUAAAGCAAUAUUACAAAAUGGAUGAAAAUGUUACGUGGAUUUGUUUUAUUAAAGUCAAAUUCAUUCAAUAAAAUAUUUAAAACCA